AGCCUAAAAUAAUUUAGGUUGUUAAACUUGUAAGCCUGGUAAUGUGGGAAAAUGGUGAAAAAAGAGUUAAAAUAUUUGUGAGCUAUAAUUACAGGGGCUUAUCAGUAGGUUUUGCCGCUUGCAAUUUAUGUUAUGUAGUUUGGCAGCGCCGCCUGUUUAGCAGCAGCAGAAGUGGAGAGAAAAAGAACUGAAAACUGAGAGAAUAAACCCUAAACUAUUUCAGAAAACAAUUCUAAUAAGAUAUGGGUCAGCUGAAAGCAAUAUCAUCACCUUCGCUUAAUCUCACGAUUCUCAGCUGUAAUAGAGAUAUAUCCUCACCCAAGAAUUCCACACUUCGGUUCCGCCCACUAGAGGCAAAAAGGAGUGAGCUUCAUGGCGAUGCUCUUCUCGGUAGUAAAUUCAAUGUUACUCGCGUUCCUUCUAAUAAAGUAAUUCAAGCAGUUUUAUCCAACGAUAGAGAAGUGGAAAUUUCCAAAGCUACAUACGGGAAAGGUCUACGAGGCCAGUUAAACAAGGUUGUUUUAGCCUAUAGUGGGGGCUUAGACACCUCUGUCAUUGUUCCAUGGCUAAGGGAGAAUUAUGGUUGUGAGGUUGUUUGCUUCACUGCUGAUGUUGGCCAGGGAGUAAUGGAACUGGAAGGUUUGGAAGCAAAAGCCAAGGCAAGUGGCGCUUGUCAGUUGGUGGUAAAGGACUUACAGGAGGAAUUUGUAAGAGAUUACAUUUUCCCUUGCUUACGAGCUGGUGCGAUCUAUGAAAGGAAGUACUUGCUUGGGACCUCAAUGGCACGCCCGGUUAUUGCAAAGGCCAUGGUGGAUGUUGCCAGAGAAGUUGGAGCUGAUGCAGUUGCUCAUGGAUGCACAGGCAAAGGAAAUGAUCAGGUCCGCUUUGAGCUCACCUUCUUUGCUCUAAAUCCUGAACUUCAAGUUGUGGCUCCUUGGAGAGAAUGGGAUAUUACGGGAAGAGAAGAUGCGAUUGAAUACGCAAAGAAGCAUAAUGUGCCUGUCCCUGUGACCAAAAAAUCCAUAUACAGCAGAGAUAGGAAUUUAUGGCACCUCAGCCACGAGGGUGAUAUUUUGGAAGACCCGGCCAUGGAGCCCAAGAAAGACAUGUACAUGAUGAGUGUUGAUCCAGAAGAUGCACCUGAUAAACCUGAGUAUGUAGACAUUGGGAUAGUGUCAGGAAUUCCUGUAUCAGUAAAUGGAAAGUAUCUUUCCCCGGCUUCGCUUCUUUCUCAACUCAACGAGAUUGGUGGAAAACAUGGCAUUGGCCGAAUUGACAUGGUUGAAAACCGUCUGGUUGGUAUGAAGAGCCGUGGAGUCUAUGAAACUCCAGGGGGAACCAUUCUCUUUGCUGCUGCGCGUGAGCUGGAAUCUUUAACACUUGAUCGAGAAACAAUGCAAGUUAAAGAUUCAAUUGCUCUCAAAUAUGCAGAGCUAGUGUAUGCAGGUAGGUGGUUUGACCCAUUACGCGAGUCCAUGGAUGCAUUCAUGGAGAAAAUCACGGAAAAAACUACAGGCUCUGUGACUCUCAAGCUGUAUAAGGGAUCUGUGUCAGUAACCAGUCGGACAAGCCCCUACAGCCUGUACAGGCAAGACAUCUCAUCGUUUGAGAGCGGGAAGAUAUAUGAUCAAGCUGAUGCUGCUGGCUUCAUACGACUUUACGGUCUUCCAAUGAAGGUUAGAGCAAUGCUCGACAAUGGUAUCUGAUGAUAGUAGUCUCUCUACCGCAUGUUUAUGUUCCAUUGAGUAUUGGAAUUUGGUGUACAAUCUAUCAUGUCUUGUGGGAUGAGGUUCUAGUUAUAGUUGGAACAAAAUAAUUUUGGAUUUAUUUUGCUAAAUUUUAAUUAUUUCAAGCAACUUUCACAAGGCUCCAAA